GCCGCGCACGGCGGGCGGGUCCCCGAAUCUGGAGCCGGUGAAAGGGCUGGGCGUCCCCUGCCCGCCUCCAGGCAGUGGCCCGAUGAGCGCCUGGGACUGCGGGUAAUGGGCGGGAGGGCCGGGCCGCGGAAGGCGUUCUCACACCGGCCAGUCUCCGUCCACCAGGAAGCCGACUUUUCGUACCUCCCCGGGGACCGAAAACCGCCGGUGCUCCCGCACCCGUCGCCGCCGCCGCUUGCUCAUGGAGAGCCCGUGCCGCCGCCGCCGCCGCCUCAUCUACUAGAACCUCCGGCAGUCUCGGCCUCCCCCGGCGUGAGCGCUGGGCCCCGGCACAGCCUCCAUCGCACUCGCCGCGGCGGCAGCCACAGCAGCUCCAGCGCCCAGGCCCGAUCCGACUGGACCCACGGAGCCAGGACCGCGGGACGCGUAGCUUCUUAUUACGGAGGAAGAUUCGGCCUGACCUCCGCCCCCCUCCCCCCAGCCCCCAGUCCCCAGUGCCCAGUCCCAGUGCCCAGCAGCCUGACGGUGCUGCUGCGCAGGCGCGAGGACGCCCCUGCCAAAACUUCCUGGUUUUUCUUAUUUCUUAUGGCAUUUCACAGUUGACUGAAUCUGCAAAUGUGGAACCCAUGCAUAUGGAGGACCGACUAAUGCAGCUUAAUGAAUUUUCACAGAGUAUUGGUUGCUGCACUUGCCUGCUUGCUGUUAUCACUGGACAUGAGAGCACCAGAAGACGCAAGUUGAUAUCCCAGGCCCUGGACGCGCAGGCUCAACGGCCAUGGCUCAUGGGCCCAGCCGCUCCGCGGCAUGUGGGAUCCUCCCGGACCGGGGCACGAACCCGUGUCCCCUGCCUUGGCAGGCGGACUCCCAACCACUGCGCCACCAGGUAAGCCCCUCAUUGUGGUUUUGAUUUGCA